GUCAUCAUCACCUUCCCCAGCAAGGUAUCCAAACAUCAUUCCAUCCAUCAACCCACCAAAAACUUCCUUCAUUUCGACACACCCUUGUCAUCAAUCUCUCUCUAUCCAUCUCUAUCUCCCGAUUUUCUCCAAAAAAUGGGAGGAGGGGCGGUGCAUCCUCCCCCAUUGAAGGCCCCUUCUCCUCCUGACAUCUUCCUUCCCUCACCAUCAUCUUCUCCUUCGGGAAGCAUCCACGAAAACAACCUUCCAGUUUCAGCCAGUCAUGGCAAGCCUCCUCCUUGCUCUGCUUCUGGCUGUGCCAGCCCGGGGAAGAUGGCGGCGGCGACUUUGGGCUCUGCCCUUCUGGGUCUGCUUCCCUCCGAGCUCGAGAUCGAGAAGGCCAUUCGUGCUCUCCUCGACCUCUGGCAGAGCGCUUCUUCAUCUGGCUCGGAGCAAUAUUGGAUGCGGCUUUUGGGAUGUAGGGAUUCGAGCAUAUUGACGUCUAGUGGAUGGGCGAGAGUUCGGCAUGCCCUUCAUCUGCUGCAAACAGAGCCAGCUAUUAAGAAAUUGGUUAUAUCGGUAGUCUUGGAUAAAGCUUUCUGGAGCGCCAUUAUGAAUAAUCAGUCGGUCCAGCAGUUCCAGGAGAAGCUCCUCUCAGAUGAAACAGAAAGUUCUCAGAUUUGUGAGGAAGUAAACUGGGGUACGAACGAUCUGCAGUGGCUCUUGGACAUCUUGAAGGACAAAAUCAUGGAACUCAUCGAAAAAUUCAAGCUUCUUUUGAUCAAGACAUUGCAACUUUCCCAGCCGCCCACGCCAGAAGCUACAGCCGAGUUGGAGGAAAACGUUAGAUCGUCCUUGCUACUCUCGGUCCUAAUCAUCUUGAUCGUAGUGUUGGCAAGAGUACGCAUUGCUUAAUGAUCGAUCUGUGUAUAAAUUCUACACAGAUCCAUGACAUGGUGCGCUUCGAGAUGUGAUAAAGGCGUACCAAGUUUGCUGUUGAACCUGAGUUCCCCUCAGUACUUGUAUAUGAAUUCGUGUGAACAGCUUGCGAGAGGUAAAUGUGUUGCUGCUGCGCUUAAUUUGAGUGAUCCUUUCUCAU